AUGGAUGGCAUUCAAUGUUGUUUAACCAUGAAUAAUGAAGAGGAUGCGGAAAUAUUACCUGACAAGUUAUCAAUUCAACGAAAUACUCAAACACAUUGCAGACUGAUCAAUUCUUCUGAUGAUCAACAGUCCCUAUCAUCACCGUCAUCAAAUAAACAAACUUCAAUAAGAGAAUUAACUUAUUCCCCAGAUUUAAUGACUUCUAUGCAUUAUAAUAUCGAUUUUGGAGUAAAAUUACCUAAUCAAGAAUUCAUGGAAUCUGAGUUGAAUGAAGAAUCAACCGUUCACGAUGGGAAUAAUCAACUAGAGCUUUAUCAUAAAAUUAAAACUGACACAGAUGCAUUGAAUCAUGAUAAUGAUCAUGAUGAUGAUGAUAACAAUGGUAAUCAUAGAGAAGGUCAAAUUCCAUCAAUUCAUUUUCAGUUUCCUGAUUCAGAUUCUGAAAAUUUUACUGCCGAAGUUGAUGGAAGUAGUGGUAAAUUAACAUUAUGGCAAUUCUUAUUAGAAUUAUUACUAUCAAAUAAAUAUGAGCAUAUAAUACGAUGGACAAAUAAACGUGGUGAAUUUAUUCUUGUACAAGCUGAAAUUGUAGCUAAAUUAUGGGGUAUGCGUAAAGAUAAAAAUCAUCGUAUGAAUUAUGAUAAAUUAAGUCGUGCAUUAAGAUAUUAUUAUCAAAAAAAUAUUAUACGUAAAGUACAUGGACGUAAAUUUGUUUAUCAAUUUAUUGGACUGAAACACUUAAUUAAAUUUUGUUGUACACCUUCAAAUUCAACUUCAUUAACAUUAACAAAAUCAACAGAGACAUUGACAACCCCGUUGACAUCAACAAUAACAGCACCAAUAGCAACAGAAGAAGAAGAAGAAGCAUUAUCAUCUGAUAAUUUACAAGAGACAUUGAAACAAUUGAAUAAAUUGGCGUCAAAUUCAAAAUCCAUGCAUGAUAAUAAUGAUGAUGGUGAUGAUGAGGCUGUUAUCAAUACUACAGUAAAUCCUUCAUUAUAUUGUUCUGCUAAAUCAGAAGACAUGAACAAUCGUUAUUAUCAACCAAAACAGCAUCAACACAAAGAAUGGAAUAACUUACCUCAUAAUAAUAGUAAUAAUAACAAUAACAAUAGCAAUAAAUUCUGUGGAAAUCAACUGGACUGUAAAUAUUCCAGUAGUGUUAGCACCCAUUCAACUCCUACUAUUACUACAACUGUUCCUAGUACGAAUAUCAAUAAUACCACUCAUUCUAAUGUUAAAAGUACUGAUGAAGGCAUGUUUAAAAUGUUAUCGACAGAAGACAAAAAAGUGUCAAAAUUAGAUUCAAUCCAUCUGAAUUCUAUUUAUCCGCCAAUGAAUUUAGAUAUUACAUCAAUUUCAACACUUAUAAACACUUGUUUAAAUAAGCAGAACAAUUCUGCGACUACUCAGUCUACUUAUGACAAUAACAAUAAUAAUAAUGGUAAUAAUAAUAAUAAUUUUCUUUUUAAUUAUUUAAAUAAUAUAAAAUCUAUAUUUUCUGAACAAAAUCAAAGUAAAGCUUCAAAUGGAUUGAAUGAAUUAACAGAAUUUAUUACCUCUUGGGCAUAUAAUAUGACAUCAUCACAAAAUAAUGUAAUUAAUUUCAAUGAUUAUCAAAUAACCCGGAACCCCAACAGUCUAUAUAAUGGAUUAAAUCAAUUCACGCAUCCAUCAACUGAACAAAUAAUACAUUUAGAACAACAAAAACAUCAAGGAAUACCUUCAACUGUAGAUACAAAUUCUACAAAUACCCGAAAUGAUUCAACAAUGUUGUAUAAAGAUGAUUAUUAUUUUAAAAAUUAUAAAAAUAUUAAUAACCCUUUAAUGAAUUCAAUCAGUUUAAAUCAUACAGAUUUUAUAAAUUCUUGUGAUACAGAAGUAUGGAAUAGACAUAAAGAUACCUGGAUGAAUACUCUUCCUAAUUCAACGCCAACACCAACACCACCCCCACCCCCACCAUUACCACAGACAACAACAAGAAAAGAAACAACCUCUGAAAAGCUGCCCUACGUACAACAAUUCAAUAAGACAGAACGUUGUCGUUCACCUAAUUGUCAGUGUAGUUGUCAUUUGCCGACAACACGAUUUGAGCAUAAUAACUAUUCUACAACACAACAAAAUUCAAACCAUCAUACUCCUUAUUCCCUUUCAAUAAAAGAUAAUAUUAUGAUGAAAAAAAUCAAUGAUGUAUUAUAUAGGCAAAACAAUUUAGAUGAAUUACCAACAAAAUUGCAUAAUGAACGUCAUACAAUAAAUAUGAAACGUUUAGGGGAGCAGUUGACACGUGUGAAUCGUUUAAAUGCAGCGGUGAAUUACUUAAAUAGUAAUAGUAAUAAUAAUAAUAAUAAUAGUGAUCCCACAAAAUUUAACAACCAAAGAUGUGAAUAUAAUGUUAAUUAUGAUGAUAGCAAUAACAAUAUUAGGGAUUACCAUAAACUACACACAAAAAAUCCACCUCCAUCUGAAUUGAAAACACCGCCAACAGUAAGUACUACUUAUAACAAUAAUAAUAAUAAUAAAAGUAAUAUAACUAGUCCAUUAGGUUUGUCUUCAACAACGCCAAUGUCAGACAGUAAAUGUGUAUGGAUGCCUGUACCUGUAACUAUGCUUAAUUCAUGGUUUAAUUUAUUGUCAAAUAUAACAUGUCCUAAUAAUAAUGACAAUACUAAUACUACUACUAAUAAUAAUAUUAAUAGUAGUAAUUCUGUAAAUCAGUCUACUUUUAUAACACCUUGCACCACAUCAUCAUCAUCAUCAUUGUCUUCGUUGUCAUCACCAUUCACAUCUUCAUUGUACAAUCAAUAAUUAGAAUAUACUUGAUACUUCAAUGUUCAAUAAGUCAAAAUGACAAAACACACACACACCUUCAUCUGACUUUUAUUUAUUUUUCUUAUAAACUUGCUGUUUAUUUUAUUGAUGAAUUUCAAUGUACAAUGUUUAUUUAUCCAGGAUUUUGUAUGUUUUAAAAGAAAAACAUUCCAAAAUUCUUUUCUUUGUAUACUUCAAAAUUGCAAUCACAAUUGUACAUUGAACAUAAAUAUUUUUAUUUAAAUUUCCACUGAGAAUUACCUGUACAAUAGGCAAGAAGGAAAAAAAAUUCUUGUCUUAAGAAGACAAGAAAUUUAUUGCAUUUCUAUUUUAUUUAAAAAUAAUAAUAAUAACCCUAGAAACUAACA